CCCAAUAGAAAAACAGAAAAAAUGUUUGAUAUUAAGGCUUGGGCUGAAUACAUCGUGGAGUGGGCUGCAAAGGACCCAUAUGGCUUUCUCACAACUGUGAUCUUGGCCCUUACACCAUUGUUUGUAAUUAGUGCAGCGCUUUCAUGGAAGCUUGCAAAAAUGAUUGAGGCCAGGGAGCGAGAGCAAAAGAAGAAACAGAAACGCCAAGAGAAUAUUGCAAAAGCCAAACGAUCAAAGAAGGAUUAAAUGGGGGGGGUCUUCCUUGUGCAGAGAAUCCAGUUUUCAAAUGAAACACUUGUAGGUUUUGUGUUGUAACUGUCCUUUGAUACUUGAUCCUGUUAUUUCUUGAAGUAUGAAAUUUAAUCCCUUCAGAGUAAUUUUUCUGCUGAGAUUACUUGUGUUAAAGUUUGCCCGAGUGACACGUAUUACAGUCACUUAAUCUACUACUUGUAUUCUAGUGCAAGUUGCUUUUCUAAAUUUGCAUGUUAAAUUAAAAGAUUAAUC